UAGGUGUAGUGUGAGUGUGCGACGCGGGAUAAAGGGUCAGCGCGCUAGCGCUUCCAGAGGUUUGCCUCCGGGAUUUGUUGAAUUCUAUUUUAGCUUCUAUUGUGUGAGAUUUAAGUGAUCCAUCCAAAUGAUGUCUAUGAACAAGCUUAUGAUUACCGCCGGCGUAGUGACUCUGUUGCAAGCUGUAACGCAAAUGAUCCUCACCGGAUUGGGUCUUGCACAGUACUUUUGUCUAAUUGACUUUCUGAAAGAACUACCACUAGUUAUCUACAUACGAAUAUUAUAUUUUCACAACCCUGAAUACUGUGGUGUCCGUAUCAAUAUUGGUCAUGCGAUUGAUGGCAUGAUAAAUCAAGCAUUCGUGUCAUUAAAUCAAGAACCAUUAACUACAUUUCGGACGUUUGUAAUAAAUUUCACAAGCUUCGGGCUUAGUAUUUUAUGGAUGAUCGCAAGCGUUAUUAUCAUAAUCGGUGGAGCAAAGAAUAAGCAAUCGAAGGGAAUGCGCUGGCCGUGGAUCACUGUUACUGUGGCAGUAUGUGGAGUAGAUUUGGUGGCUACUGUCAUAUACGCUAAUGACUCAUUCCAUACUAGGACGUUGUCGGAUAUAAUGGAAUAUAUCAAUGGAAUUGCCAGCGGUACGGGUGGCAUGGAUUUGGAUACAUCAUGGGCGUCUUGGGUGAUGGUCAUAUUAUAUUCAAGAUUUGUUGUUUUCUUCUUUGUCAAUAUGUUUUUUAUUAUAUCAGUGAUCAUCGAUGGUAAUGCUAUUCGUCGUAUUGAUGUCCACGCUGCUGUUCAAGUGGAAGCCCCGACUAUGGCAGAUGAUGCAACUAGUAAUAAGGAUACAGAAACUUCUAGUUUGCCCAGUCGCAACACCAGAAUCCCUAGACCAGGACUAAGCCAAUCGUUUCGUAGAAUGAAAGAACUCCUGUUUGGAAAACCGUCUCCGCCAACGGCACGUUCUAAUUCAGAAACAUUGAACAGUUCCCCUCUGAGGUCGACUCAUACUCAACUUGGGGAAACUGAUAAGAAACGAACAGUGAAUUUCCCAGAGAACUUGUUAUCAUUACCACAACGAUUGGAGAAUUUAAUAGCGGAGCAGCAGCGCCGGCUAGACACGGCGGUCAUAGACACUUCUGGACGACGCAGUCCGCCGCGAAUUUCGCAAUCAAUGCCACAGCUUAACACGGCUUCAGAACAAGAUUCGCGAGGAAGAAGAGGAACAGCCGCUGAACUACAAGGCCAGUUGCCAUGGGCGUAUAUCCCGUCGUCUGCACAUCGUAUGCGAGAUCAGCUUCCGCCCGAUGAAGAUCUACCUCCAGUACCGCUACCAGAUUAUACAGCGAUACAACCGUUCAGAAAGGCAUCUGUCCACCGUGCUGCGUCUAGCUUAAGUUCAUUGAUACAAAAAAGGGAAGCCUUAGUACAAUCACGUCCAACAAUAACUCAAUCAGAUGUAUUAUAUUAAAGAAGAAAUAAUUUUGUCAAAAUCAUGUAUGAUGUCAAAAAAGAGUUUUUAUAAUAGCGUGAAAAAUUGAAAGUUUUCAAUAAUGUACGUGUACGUAUGGUAUGAUGAAGUGUUUUUUAUGAUAUUAAUUGACAAUGUAAAUGUUUGUAAACAUGCUUUAAAUUAUAGGUAGUUAUAUUUAGAUGAACAAAAUCUAUCAAUAUAAUACAGGUUACCUUUCAUUUCUGUAUACAUGACAUAGAAUGAGACGAAAACAGUGUCUUGUUCUAUCUCAUGCACGCGGUAACAAAAUCUUAUUUACCGAUAGUUUUUUAUGCCAUUUGUUUGAAGAAAAUUUAGUACUUAUGAAGAUUAACUAUAAUUUUAUUACCGUAAAACCAAAAGCAAACUUACGUUAUAUGUAAGUGCAUACUACUUUACGUGAUACUGUCAAAAUUUAAUGGAAUCUAUGACAUAACUAAAUCGUAUCCAAAAUAUUAUUUACGUAACGUACAAAUGAUAUUGAAAUAACAUCAAUAGUAUUAAAUAGUGUUAAAGUUUAUCAAAGUAUUAGUUUUUAAAAUUAUAGUUUUGAUUCUGACUGCAUUUCCUACUUUUCAUUUUGUAAAUAUUGUUUACAAUAUUUAUCUUGUUUAGGCUAAGUGAAUAUUAGAUUAUGAUAAUGUACCAAAUUCUGUUACAUACAAUUGUCAGGACAAUUGUAUUGGCAACUUUACUUUCUAGUUUUAAAGUAAGAGACGGAUAUAAUUUAUAUCAUGUACUGUUUUUUAUUAAUAAGUACAAACUCAGAGAGUAUCUACAAAGUUGAACAAUUUUCUUUAAGGAACAUGAGUCGAAAUAUAAAAAGAAUUUCCAUUCCACUUAAAUUACCAUGUAAUUGCACGGUUUCAGAAACCAUUUUUAUAUUUCGGCCUGUGUGUAGACUGAAAUUGAAUUUGUUAUUUCACCUUUUACAUGUAUAUAGCAACCAUGUAAUCUAAUACAAUGCUUUCGGAUCUCAUUCUCUUUUGAGAUGGCGAUAAGCAUUGUAAUUUAUAAUAGCAACUUAAUUGUAUAACUUUCAUCCGUCUCAACAAUCCUUUUUUAUUAUUAUUACUACUAAUAAUUAUACAAUAU